AUGGCUUCUCACGACCCUGCCGGUCCUGCUGACCUUCUCACCAAUGAAGAAGGUACCCGGGCUGAGCGCAAGGACCAGGAUGAUGCUGCCUUGCUGCGGACAUUGGGCUAUAAGCCGGUUCUUCAUCGAACAUACACCUUGUUCGAGAAUUUUGCGACCACAUUCGCUGCUCUUUACUUUGUCGGUGGUGUCCGUGUUACUUUCAGUACUGGUAUUGCCGCCGGUGGAAACCUAGCCUAUUGGACGAGUUACCUAGUAACCAUGGUGUUCACAUUCAUUACUGCUGCUGUCAUCGCUGAGGUCUGCUCGGCUUCUCCAUCCGCUGGGUCAAUCUAUUUGUGGGCUGCCGAAGCUGGUGGGCCUAGAUUUGGCCGGCUCCUUGGCUUUAUCGUCGCCUGGUGGAGUACAACGGCUUGGACGACCUUCUGUGCAAGCAAUACCCAAGCUGCGACGAACUAUAUGCUUUCGGAAAUAACUGUAUUCAACCUUGAUUUCCCGACAGACACAGGCGAUGUCAAAUUCCGGGCAGUCCAAUGGAUUUGCACUGAGGUCUUACUUGCGUUGGCCGCCCUAUUGAACUUUUUGCCUCCUCGGUACUUCAAAUACGUCUUCUGGUGGUCCUCCGCAAUUGUGAUGCUUGACUUCGUACUGAACCUUAUCUGGCUGCCAAUCGGCACCGCUCAAACCUGGGGAUUCCGUACCCCCCACGAGGCCUUCAUGACCACGUACAACGGAACCGGAGCCCCGGCUGGCUGGAACUGGUGUCUUUCCUAUCUUGCCACCGCUGGCAUUCUAAUUGGAUUCGAUGCCUCGGGUCACGUUGCGGAAGAAACCAAGAAUGCCUCUAUCACUGCUGCUCGUGGUAUCUUCUGGAGUACCGUUGCCAGUGGAUUCGGUGGUUUGGCCACGAUUAUUCUCUUUUUGUUCUGCGCGCCUAACGCAGACACACUGAUGGGCUUCGGUUCGCCCCAACCCUUUGUGCCUCUUUACGCUGUUGUUCUGGGCAAGCACGCCCAUAUUUUCAUGAACAUCAUUUGCAUUUUCGCUCUAUGGCUGAAUACCGCGAUUGCUAUCAUCGCCGCGUCUCGCCUUGUCUUCGCCGUCGCUCGUGAUGGUGUACUCCCCUUCUCGAGUUGGGUUUCUCGCGUAAAGAAUGGUCAGCCUCGAAACGCAGUUAUUGUUGUUUGGGUUGUCGCUGCCCUCGUUACUUGCACCCUUCUUCCAUCCGCCACGGCUUUUACUUCUCUCGUCUCGGCAGCCGGUGUCCCCAGCGCUGCUGCUUACGGUCUGAUAUGUUUGGGUCGACUAGUAUGCACUCCGAAGCGGUUCCCGAAGCCGCAGUGGAGUCUCGGCCGCUGGAGUAAGCCGUUCCAGUUCAUUGGUGUCUUCUGGAAUGGUUGGGUUGUCGCCAUCCUGUUCUCGCCCUAUGUGUUCCCAGUCACUGGCGAGAACUUGAAUUAUGCCCCCAUUAUCAUGUCUGGAGUCACCAUCUUGGCAUUGAUCUCCUACUUCAUGAUGCCUGAGAGUGCCUGGCUUCCUCGAGAACGUAUCACUCACUUCAUUGAUAGUAAGGGCGCCACUGAGACCGUGGAGGAAGUUAGCUCUACCGAUAACGUAUCCCUGCGGUCAGCCCUACGGCCGUGUUUUGGGGCGUCUAUCGCUCGCGCGGGGAAAUCUUUCCUUCCGGUGGCGUCGGCCUCUCAAAUUCGGCAAGUCACAUCUUCUACAUCGCAAAAUAAACGUCUACGCAUUUGCCAGCCGCGAUGGCCCUCCAUUUCCAAACGAACCGCUACAACCUCGUCUGAGUCACCUCCAUCUGAGCCCGUGUCUACCACCCCCUACUCAGCCUUAACUGUUGGAGUCCCACUGGAAAUAUUUCCUGGUGAACGCCGUGUGGCAAUCACCCCGCAGAAUGUCGCCCUUCUACUGAAAAAGGGAGUCUCCCGUGUUCUCAUCGAACGCGGUGCAGGCGAGCGUGCCCAGCUACUGGACCAUGCCUAUGAAAGCGCUGGCGCAACAAUGGUCGACCGGGAUGCAGUCUGGUCUCAGAGCGAUAUAGUGUUGAAGGUUCGCAGCCCGCAGUCGGAGGGACCAUUCAAUGAAAUCCAGGCUUUACGUGAAGGCUCAACGGUUAUCUCUUUCAUCUAUCCCCUCCAGAAUAAGCCCCUCGUCGAGGCACUUGCGGCUCGUGGUGUGACAUCUUUUGCGAUGGAUCGCAUUCCGCGAAUCUCUCGUGCCCAGACCUUUGAUGCUCUUAGCUCCAUGGCCAAUAUUGCUGGUUACAAGGCGGUCCUGGAGGCUUCCAAUCACUUUGGUCGCUUCUUAACUGGUCAGGUUACUGCUGCUGGAAAGAUUCCCCCGAGUAAAGUUCUCGUUAUUGGUGCUGGCGUAGCUGGGUUGAGCGCAAUCGCCUCUGCCCGUCGCAUGGGCGCUAUCGUUCGUGGCUUUGAUACCCGCCCUGCUGUUCGCGAGCAAGUCCAGUCUUUAGGCGCCGAGUUCGUCGAGGUUGAUUUCCAAGAGGAUGGUUCUGGUCAGGGUGGAUACGCGAAAGAAAUGUCCAAGGAAUUUAUCGAAGCCGAGAUGAAAUUGUUCAUGGAGCAAGCUAAAGAGGUUGAUAUUAUUAUCACCACAGCCCUGAUCCCAGGCAGACCUGCACCGAAGCUCAUUACUAAGGAAAUGAUUGCUGCAAUGAAACCCGGCUCCGUUAUUGUUGAUCUUGCUGCCGAGGCAGGUGGAAAUUGCGAAGCUACUGUUCCCGGGGAAUUGAGCAUUUACAAGGAUGUUACUAUCAUCGGCUACACAGAUCUUCCUUCGCGUCUCCCAACCCAGUCUUCAACCCUGUACUCGAACAACAUCACCAAGUAUCUUCUGUCCAUGGCUCCCCAAGAAAAGUCGUUUGGUAUUGACUUCAAAGACGAAGUCGUGCGCGGCUCCAUCGUGACUCUAAAUGGCGAAAUAAUUCCCCCUGCUGCUCCACCCACUCCACCUCCAACCCCGAAGCCAGAGGCACAAGCUGUCACGGCAAAGGAAGAAGUCGCAUUGACGCCGUGGCAAAAGGCAACACGCGAUGUAACAGCGGUUACAGGUGCAAUGGGCACAACCCUGGCCCUAGGAAAAGCAGCUGGUCCAGUCUUUAUGGGCAACAUGAUGACCUUCGGACUUGCUGGUCUCGUCGGCUAUCGUGCUGUGUGGGGUGUAGCACCUGCGCUCCACUCGCCGCUCAUGAGUGUCACGAACGCCAUUUCGGGUAUGGUCGGUAUUGGUGGACUAUUCAUCAUGGGAGGAGGCUAUGUACCGACUACUAUCCCAGAAUACUUCGGUGCCGCCUCUGUGCUUUUGGCUUUUGUGAAUAUCUCCGGCGGCUUUGUGGUCACGAAGCGCAUGUUAGAUAUGUUCAAGCGUCCAACCGACCCGCCUGAGUACCCGUGGCUGUACGCUGUCCCCGCUUUGGUGUUUGGUGGUGGCUUCAUUGCGGCUGCUAGCACUGGUAUGUCUGGUCUGGUCCAAGCCGGGUAUCUCGUCAGCACAAUGUUGUGCAUGGGCUCCAUCUCUAGUCUGGCAUCGCAAGUGACUGCCCGACGCGGCAACAUUUUCGGUAUCCUUGGAGUAGUCUCCGGUAUUCUGGCCUCACUAGCUGCGGUAGGCUUCUCUCCUGAGACGUUGACGCAGUUCACGGCCGUUGCUGGAGUAGGUGCCUUAGUCGGAGGCUUGAUUGGCCGUCGCAUUACACCAACAGGUCUUCCCCAAACUGUCGCUGCUCUCCACUCGGUAGUGGGAUUGGCUGCUGUCCUGACUAGUGCCGGAAGUGUAAUGGCCGAUAUUGGUGACAUCACAACUCUGCACCUGACAACAGCGUACUUGGGUGUUCUAAUCGGAGGUAUUACCUUUACUGGCUCGAUUGUCGCUUUUCUGAAAUUGGCUGGGCGCAUGUCCUCCAAGCCGACGAUUCUGCCCGGCCGACACCUUAUCAACUCGACACUAUUGGGCAGUAACAUUGCAACCAUGGGAGCGUUCAUUACAAUGGCGCCAGGGAGCCCUGCAGUCGCAGCUACCUGUCUAGGAGCAAGCACCCUUCUUAGUUUCCUGAAGGGAUACACGACGACAGCAGCCAUCGGCGGUGCCGACAUGCCCGUCGUCAUCACAGUGUUGAAUGCUUACUCCGGGUUCGCCCUUGUGGCUGAAGGCCUGAUGCUCGACAAUCCACUUCUCACCAGUGUCGGAUCCCUGAUUGGUGUCAGCGGUUCUAUUCUCUCGUACAUUAUGUGCGUCAACAUGAACCGGUCGUUGACCAAUGUCCUAUUCGGUGGAAUCGGGAAUUCGGCUGCGCAAACCCAGAAGAAGAUCGAGGGCAAUAUCACACAAACCAGCAUCGACGACACAGUGGAAGCUCUAUCCAGCGCUGAGAAUGUCAUUAUUGUGGUUGGCUAUGGUAUGGCUGUUGCCAAGGCCCAAUAUGCUCUUUCGGAGAUUGUUAGCCUGCUGCGUGCCCGUGGUGUCAACGUUCGCUUCGCUAUUCACCCUGUUGCUGGCCGAAUGCCCGGUCAAUGCAAUGUGCUGCUUGCGGAGGCAUCCGUUCCAUAUGAUAUCGUCUUGGAGAUGGAAGAGAUCAAUGAUGACUUCUCUGACACAGAUGUUACCCUCGUCAUUGGCGCCAAUGAUACGGUUAACCCCAUUGCCAUGGAGCCGGACUCCGCGAUCUCCGGCAUGCCUGUCCUCCAUGCAUGGAAGAGUAAGGAGGUUAUCGUUAUGAAGCGGGGGAUGUCCAGCGGAUAUGCGGAUGUUCCAAAUCCCAUGUUCUUUAUGCCCGGUACUCGGAUGCUAUUCGGCGAUGCCAAGACCUCUUGCGAUGCCAUCAAAGCUGCCCUAGAGGCGCGGAAGUAG